UCCUUCCCCCGCCCUUUCUCUUCUCGGUUUCCCCGUCAGGCUGCGGGUUCAGUCUGGCGGCUGCUUCCGGUAGGAGCGAGGUGCAGGUCGAGUCGGUCUCAGUUCCUCGUCAUGUCCUACGGUCCCUUAGACAUGUAUCGGAACCCAGGGUCCUCUGGGCCCCAGCUCCGGGACUUCAACAGCAUCAUACAGACAUGCAGUGGCAACAUCCAGCGGAUCAGCCAAGCCACUGCUCAGAUAAAGAAUUUGAUGAGCCAACUAGGAACUAAGCAGGACUCAAGCAAGCUACAGGAAAAUCUGCAACAGUUACAGCACUCUACAAAUCAGCUUGCCAAGGAAACAAAUGAAUUACUGAAGGAAUUAGGGUCCUUGCCUCUUCCCUUAUCUGCUUCAGAACAGCGCCAGCAGAAACUUCAGAAAGAACGCCUCAUGAAUGACUUCUCUGCAGCCUUAAAUAAUUUCCAGGCUGUGCAGAGAAGGGUAUCUGAGAAGGAGAAGGAGAGCAUUGCUAGAGCAAGAGCUGGAUCUCGUCUCUCGGCGGAGGAGAGGCAAAGAGAGGAGCAGCUCGUCUCAUUUGAUGGCCAUGAGGAGUGGAACCAGAUGCAGAGCCAGGAGGAUGAGGUGGCCAUCACUGAACAGGAUCUGGAACUUAUUAAAGAGAGAGAAACAGCAAUUCGGCAGCUGGAGGCUGACAUUUUGGAUGUCAAUCAAAUAUUUAAAGAUUUGGCCAUGAUGAUCCAUGAUCAAGGUGAUCUAAUUGACAGCAUAGAAGCCAAUGUGGAAAGCUCAGAGGUACAUGUAGAGAGAGCCACUGAUCAGUUACAGCGAGCUGCUUACUAUCAGAAAAAAUCUCGCAAGAAGAUCUGUAUCCUGGUGCUUGUCCUGUCCGUGAUUAUUGUAAUCUUGGUAGUUAUUAUCUGGCAAAUUUAUAAAUGAAGUGAUUGCCUCAGAGCCGCCUUCUGCUGAGCUGUUUUCAAGGGCACCUGCUUACUGGAGUCUUGCCAGAACAAACUGAUCACAAGAAGAGAGCAUACACCAGAAUGUCCUGUAAUAAUUUAGUUAGAAAAUAACUACUAACUAGUCCUUUGGAAUUAGUGACCUAUGGAGACAGUAUUUAUCAAUUUAUGUAUACAUUUUAUUGAUUUCUCAAAUUAGGAAUUAAUUUAUGUGGACUUUGCUUUCUCUUGUAUUCUGAUUGCCCUUCAUCUCCAAGUAUUUACUGAAAAUUCCAUUCUAGAUAUUCUUGUUUUGACAGAUAACACUACAGUCUUGUAAUAUUGUCAUUUUAUGUGUAUACUAGAUUCACCUUUUUACUAGCAACUGAGAUAUAAUUACUUUCUGAUAGCCAGCACAUUGUCAGGAACUAUAUAAUAAGCUGGUACUUUUUUUAUUUAACAUUUUAAUUUGAAUUUCCAAGAAGCCUAUUCUCUAUCUGCUUUGAAAGAUUUUGCCGAUGUAUUUAACUGGAAAGUAAAAAAAUUGCACAGUUGAUCCAGAUUAAAAGUAUCUAUUCGAGCUGGCCAGUUGUCAAGGUACCUGUUAACGGGGUUUAAAGUUUACUUUAUUACCUGCUAGUGUCAUCCAUGGCAAUUCAUGUGCAAACACACUAAACCAUCUUGUUCACUUUUUUAAGAGGUUAAUUUAAUUAACAUUAUGCUCUCUGGGGUCCCUCUCCCCCUGUCUGUAUAGAAAGGGAAAAUUAGACAAAGCAUGCUUUUGGAAAGCAAAUAGGAAUUGUUUGGAAUGAUUUAAACUUUUUGUUGUUGUUCACUUGUGGUUCUGCAUUCCUGGUGAAUGAUGAAUAUUGCUGUCAAAAGGCUGCCCCUUCCCCAUAAGGGUUGCUGGGCAUUUGAUGGCAGGAAGAUUAAAAGCUAGACUGAAGUUGGUUUAAAAUUUAGUUCUGUGAACCUGGUGAUAAAGCAAAGAAAAGGUUCAUUUUUGUAAAUACUGCCAGUUUGGAAUAGUGAUGUUAGACUUAUCCUAAUUUAUGAAUAAGAGAUUAAUCUCCAUGCAUAGUUUUAGACAAAAAAAAAUGUUUCAAUAAAAGAUUGCUGUCUUGUAAUAGAAA